AUGCGCGCGCAGUGCAUGCUGCACUCAGGCGUGGCGGCGCCGCGCAUCGUCCGUGCGGUGCUCGCGCGUCGCGAGGGGCCGGGAGCUGGUGCUGCACGACGAGGCGGGCAGGGACGUCCACUCCGGGCCCGCGAGGUGCGGGUGCGCGCGGAGCAGGACUUGCGUCGCAGGAGCGGGGCCCGACGCGAGCCGCGGGUGCGGCGGGGCGCGCGCGGGGGGGAGGGCGCCGGCGCUUGCAGCUCCGCGAGCUCCGCUCUUCGCGAGCGCGCCGGCGGCCGUCUCCGACUCGUGUGUGUGCGGCGCGAGUGUCGUGCGCCGCGGGACGGGGCGCCGGAGGAGCUUCACGGGCCUGGGGCCCUCCGGGCGGGCGGGAACCACAUCGCGUACGGCGUGCGCGCGAGCGCGGCCGAAGAGAGGGCGGCGCCAGCGCGUGGAGUGCCUGGAAGUGGGGGGGGGAAUUCAACCUCCCGGCCCGGUCGCGCGCGCCGACGGAGCGACCGCGGCUGA